CAUUCGCGAACUGUAGUUUGGGCUCAACCGUUUUGGGUUCUAUCUACAAUGUUGCGAUUCCGGCCCAUCAGUAGCUUCUUGCUCGCCAUAACACAUAGAUGAUUUCGGCUUUUUUCUGUAGUUUUUUCCUGCUGGGGUACUUCCUCGUAGUUCAAGGGGAACGAAUCGCCGAACAAAAAUGUUCCGAGUACCAAAAGCUGAGCAUGAAACAGGUCGUGUUCAUUCCACUGACGGUCAAGCCCAAACCGGUGUCGUUUGCGGGAUCUGACUGCUCCAAAACGGUGGACCUGAUCGUUGGUGGCGAAGCAGCCAAGCCCGGCGAGUUCCCACACCAAGCACUGUUGGGAUAUCCGGACGCGGAUGCCCCUGAGGGUUACCGAUUCAAAUGUGGAGGAUCACUGAUCAGUGAGCGAUUUGUUCUGACAGCAGCUCAUUGCUUCGUGGAUGGAUAUCCGACGAUCGUGCGACUUGCCGAGCACAAUUUGCGGAACGAGUGGGACGAUCAGGAGGACUUUGAUGUUCAAUCGUUCAAAAAACAUCCUUAUUACAGUCAUCGAUCCGCCUACCACGAUAUCGCUCUUAUUGAGCUAAAAACCGAGGUGAGGUUCUCCAAGCUGAUCCGGCCAGCAUGCUUGUGGACAAGCUCAACAAUCGAUGUUCCGUCGGUGAUUGCUACCGGCUUUGGACUCAACGAGACAGUUGGUGAAAUGGCGGACGUUCUUCAAAAGGUGCAACUUGAUUUCCUAGAUCAUGCAGUCUGUGAGAAAGCAUUUACCAGCGAAAGGAAGUUUUCCCGCGGUGUUUUGGACAGUCAGCUAUGCAUUGGAAGCACUCGCGGUGGCAAGGACACCUGCCAGGGGGACUCCGGAGGUCCGGUGCAGGUGAUUAUAGAUCCCAAGGGAUGCACAUACCACAUCCUCGGCGUGACAUCGACCUCGCUUGGAGGGUGUGGCUUGGGGAACUCUGCUGCGAUCUACACCAAGGUGUUUAGCUAUAUCGAUUGGAUCGAAGACGUUGUGUGGGGGGUGAAGCCCGAUGACGGAGCAAUUAGAUUUUUGGAUGAUGACUAAAUCCGGGGUACAAAUUUGUUCACAGUCCUAGUUACAGUCAUCCCACAUAUUCGGAACGGUUUCCAGAUCGGCCAAUGUUAAAAAAAUCAUAGCAAAUCGAUUAUUGAACUUAAUGAUUCGCUUUUACCUUCAUUUGAAAGCUUUUUUUGCGAUCUAUCGAUUGCUGUAUCGAACAUCUGCAAAUUUUAACUUUUAUAUGAAGUUUUUGAAGAAUUACUUUGACCCUUGAAAUCCACAAAUUCGGAACACUUUUUUCUUACGAAUGUAAACAAACUUUGGAUCUCUCCAGGAGUACAUAUUUAUUACCUGACUUCACAUACUGAAACCAAUGAAACUCAAGCUUAGUGAUGUUUUAUACAUGGUUUGAUAACUUUUUUUUGAGAAAAUAUCAGUUAAAUUCAGGUGUUCCACAAUUGUGGGAGGCACAAUAACAUCCCACAAUUAUGAAACAGGCCAUUUGGAGGCAGUGUUUUGCUGCUCUGGACAAAAUAGUCUUGGAAUGAAGUUUUUUGUUCAAAAAGUCCUACUUUUACUAGUGAAUUAGCAAGAUAAUGUCCAAAUGAAGGUUCUAAAAACAGUA